UACUGUAGCUGUUUAGGGUUUGUUUGCUCUCAAAUCGGAAUGGCGGAAGAGAGAUUCACCGGCGUUGUGCAGUGGUUCAACAAUCCCAAGGGCUUUGGUUUUAUCAAACCCGAUGAUGGAGGAGAAGAUCUCUUCGUUCACCAAUCUUCCAUCAGAUCCGAAGGCUACCGAACCCUUCUAGAAGGAGAUCGUGUCGAAUUCGCCAUUGCUACUGGCGACAACGACAAGACCAAAGCCAUCGACGUCACCGGUCCCGACGGCGCUCCUCUCCAGUCCAGGAAGGACAACUACGGCGGCGCCGGAGGUCGCGGCGGUGGAUACGGAUUUGGCGGUGGAUGGAGGGGCGGCGAUAGGCGCAAUGGCGGUGGCGGAGCUGGUGGUGGCGGCUGUUAUCAUUGUGGUGAUUUUGGGCACUUGGCUAGGGAUUGCAACCGGAGUAACAAUUCCGGAGGUGGUGCAUGUUACAAUUGUGGCGAAUUUGGGCACCUUGCGAGGGAUUGCAUGCGGGGAAGCAAUAGCGGCGGUGGCGGUGGUUCCGGCGGUGGCAGCGGAUCUUGCUAUAGGUGUGGUGGGUUUGGGCACAUGGCGAGGGAUUGCGCCACUGCUAGGGGUGGCAAUGGCGGUGGCGGUGGCGGUUGCUUUCGAUGUGGGGAAGUUGGUCACCUGGCCAGGGAUUGCAGCAUGGAAGAAGGUGGAAGGUAUGACGGUGGUAACAAUGGUGGCGGUGGCGGUGGUGGAAAAAACACAUGCUUUAAUUGUGGGAAGCCUGGGCAUUUUGCGAGGGAGUGCGUUGAAGCCUCUGGGUGAAGUGAAGUUUGGAGAGGAGAAAUUACAUUAUGCAAAAAAGGAAAAAAUGGUAGAAUAGUACAUAAUCUCUUUUUUUUGUUUGCACCUUUUAAUAGUUUAUUGACUUUUUAGUCUCUCUUAUUCUUCUAAUUUCGGGGAAGUUAUACACAGAAUAUUAUGGCAAAAAUUGUGGUUUUGGUUUUUGUCUCUGUUACUGGUUCAUCACAGGCAAUUUUGCCUUCCUUUGUGGUUUAUUUCGUAGUUGAUACUGCCUGCUAGAUCUUGUUUCUGAUUA